AUGAUUUCCGAACCCGAAUAAUUUUUAUUUUGAUCGAGGUCGAAAGUCAGAUAAUAAUUCCGAAGGGUUCCGAACGGUUGCUAUGGGCGCGCAAACAAGAUGAUAAAAAGCGGUGUCUUAGUAUAAAUAUUAGGACAUACAGGCAAAUUUCACGUAAAUACUACUAUGUAAGGGGGAAAAUAAAAAUGCAGCAUGACAACCCAUGCAUACAUGAGAGAGGGCUUUGGUACGGUUACUUUCGACACAGGUCAAAACCAAACAGAUUCGAGGAAAUUCGGAGGGGUUAUGAGCGAUCGCAUGUCGAUGUACCUUGAUAACACGGCUGUCAUCAAACUCACACAUAAUAACAACCUGUUGCUGAACGAGAAAAAAAUCCAGAGUCGAGAGAACACGGUUUAUAAAUCUGAAACGGACAACAUUGUCAUCAAUAGCCUCAAAGACUCUCAUUUCAGAUUACUCACAGCAGAGUCGAAUGUACGCCCCACAUCUAGCAAUAUAAGUGACAGGAUCGACCUUGGGGUUACAAAUCCCAUCGUCAGUCAGCCCACCACUCCAAAUGCUGAGGUCGGGGAAGAAGGGCCAGACGCUGCACCCCAACUGCAGAAUGAACAGUUAGAUAGUUACAACAUCAACUCCAAGUCUUCCAGCAGAAAAGAAGAGAAAAAUAUUCCAAAAUUGCUGCAUAAAGUUACAAAAAAGAGGAAACGAGGAAAGAGAAAGAAGAGGGCAAAGUCCAGUCGCGGCUUACGGAGCAAAUCCACCCAGGGGAAAGAUGGUGGAGCAUCUAAACAACGCAUUCCCACGGCAACAACUGUUAAGACUGGUGUGAAACAGAAUGAUACUCAGAAUAUGACCACUGGUGCUGCUGGACUGGGUGUCCUGGAAUCCAUGUGUAAACCUAUGGUUCUCCAUAAGACGUCAGAGCGCAAGAACUCGGAGAAACGAGAGACAACAAAGACAGUCAGCUCAGGAAAUCGUUCCCUGACCAACACAAAACAUCUAUCACUUCCACAAAUGACCAAUAACUUCAUGGUCAAAACGGAUUCCUCUGUGAGGACUUCUAACUCAGAAAACUUUCAAAAUUCCAAGUCUUUUGUGUACCCAUCUAGUCGAAUCAACCAUGCAGAGAUUGCACGGAUUACAAAGAUUUAUUUAUCAGAGAAGCAGUCAGGCAUAGUGAAGGACUGUGGAAUGGAAGUUCCUUGUGCACCACCUGCAACACCACUUCCAGACCCAUCCAAAAAAGUCGAAUAUAUACCAAGUAUGAAUGACAUAAGGGCACAGAGAGCAGUGAAAGUAAAACUACAAGUUUUGGAGAAGGAAGCCCAGAAAAAAUCAGCAAAACGCAGAGAAGACCAGGCCAAGCAGGAAAAACACCAGCUGAAGGAGCGGGAAAAGGAUCUCAGAGUCAAACAGAGGAUAGAGAUUUAUGCCCUCAACAAAAUCAUGACAGACCUUGAGAACAAGAGGUUUAUGGAAUUCUGUGAGAAGAAAGGAAUUAGUACAACAUAACACCGGCCUAUAGAGUGUCAUUUUGUGAAUGUGUAUGGGGUACCCCUCUUUCAUCAGUUAGUUAUAGGAGUUAUAACAAAGGCAUUAUACUGCUGAUCUCAUGUAACACAGAACAGGUCACAAUUCCCAUAGCAACACUUACAUACCAGGUCAAAGGUUCCCAUAUCAACACUUGCAUACCAGGUCAAAGUUCCCAUAGCAACACUUACAUACCAGGUCAAAGGUUCCCAUAGCAACACUUACAUACCAGGGCUGCGUUCCAAGAUUGUAGUGGCUACAUAGUGCUAGAUAGAGCUAUAAAAUUGAAUGUACAUCUAGGCUAGCCCCUACGUAGCUAAUUCAUACAGUGCGUUUAUAGACCUAGAUAUCUAGCCUAGCAGUUAGGCUAGCCACAACGAUCUCGAACACAGCCUAGGUGAUACAUGUAUGUUCCCAUAGCAACACUUAAAUAACAUGUCAAAGUUUUACCACAGCAACACUUACAUACCUGGGCUGUGUUCAAGAUCGUAGGGUUAGCUGCUAGGCUAGAUAUCUAGGUAUAUUGAACGCACUGUAUGAAUUAACGCUUGUUAUCCCUACAUAGGGCUAGCCUAGCACAUUGCUCAAGAUUGUAGCGCUACCGAGCCCUACGUAGCUGCUAUGAUCUUGAACGCAGCCCAGGUGAUGUUCCUAUAGCAACACUUACAUACCAAAUCACAGGUCUCCAUAGCAACACUUACACACCAGGUAUAUGAUGUCUCAGUUUGUGGUGUGAUCAGCUCUGACUUUGUGUGUUCUAUUUGUGUAUAACCUCAUUGUGUUGUAUAAUGGACAAAGAACCCAUGACAUCUUCAAUCUACAGCUAGUCAGUCAAACUAAAAUGGUAGCUUGGAGGAUUAUCUCUUCAUGCAUUGUCAACACAGAUUGUCAACUCACACUGUCAACUGUCAUCUCAGAUGUCAACUCACACUGUCAACUGUCGUCUCAGAUGUUAAAUCACAUUGUCAACUGUCAUCUCAGAUGUUAAAUCACAUUGUCAACUGUCAUCUCAGAUGUUAAAUCACAUUGUCAACUGUCAUCUCAGAUGUUAAAUCACACUGUCAACUGUCAUCUCAGAUGUUAACUCACACUGUCAACUGUCAUCUCAGAUGUUAAAUCACACUGUCAACUGUCAUCUCAGAUGUUAAAUCACAUUGUCAACUGUCAUCUCAGAUGUUAACUCACACUGUCAACUGUCAUCUCAGAUGUCAACUCAAGCUGCUGGUAAUGCUGCCAUGGUCAGGUUCCAUCAAAGAAAGCAGCAAACAAUAUGUGAUUUUUAUUUUUAUCACAUGGAACAAUUGAUGCAUUUAUUUCGCAGAUUCAUGAAAUGUUCAGAUUAUUCUUUACAAAACCAUACCAAUGUCUUAAUGAUCACAACAAAGUGAUAUAGGUUGAAUCUCAUCAAUGAGCAAGGAAUAGAGAGACUCUUGCCGAUCUUAUGGUGGCCAUUUUGUAAGGUUUGUUCCUCAUUGCAUGGGGUAAAUUAAAAUGGCUAUCAUGUCCUGUAAAUAGCUGAUGUAUUUUAGGUGCUUGUCAUUUCAUGGCUGUGUGAAUUGUGUUUAUAAAUGUCUGUUUGUGUGAUGAAUGCGAAAAUUUGAUAUAGAUCAUGAAUUGAGAUUCUGAAUACAAAUGUUUCAAUGUGCCAUUGUCUUUCAUUCUGUGAACACUGACUCACUUGUUGUACUGUAAAUUUGUAUUGUUACCAUACACAGUAAAACACAGUUACAGUAAACAUGCUUAUAAUGAAUUCAUGCUUAUAGCGAAGUAAUUUUCAUUAUAAACUUGUUUUAUUGUACCACUUAAAACAUAAUUACCAAAAAAAAAACCUGUUGUUACAAUGUAUAUCAUGUUUUUAAUUAAAACUAUGUUAAGUUUGGAACUUAUCUUGUAAUUAUAAGUUGCUUUAAUAGCUCAUGUUUAUCUAAAGCAUAUUUCAAAUAUGUAAGAUAUGAAGGCAGGUGACUUAACCAUAUCAUUAUUUAUAUUUUGUAAGCAUGUUUUGAGAAAAAAAUUUGAAACAUUCUAAGACUACUGUUUUAUCCAAUCUUGAAAAUAUUUUGAUGUUGUCUUUUACAGAACUAUUUUACAGACUUCUGUAGAGAUAUAUCUAGAUGUUUAAAGCAUAACAUCAACGAGUUUUGUAUCCUGUGAUAAGUACACUGUGAUAUAAAGUGAGGGAUAUUUUA